GGCGGGAAAAUCAGACAAGAGCCGCGUCUUCUCCUUCCCCGGAGAUUUUAGCCCUUUUCGUCUCCUCUCUCACAAUCACAAGCUCCGUUACCGCUUGGUUCCCGGAAUCCGACGAGGGCUCCUUAGCAUAGGGGAAGAUAGAGAAAGAAGCAAAACAAAAAUGCCCGCUUACAGCAUCAGAGGAAUCAAUGUCGAUUUCCCAUUCGAGGCCUACCCUUCUCAGAUCACUUACAUGGACAGAGUCAUCGAGUCCCUCCAAAACAAAUGUCACGCGCUCCUGGAGAGUCCUACUGGAACUGGGAAAACGCUUUGUCUUCUCUGUGCGACCUUAGCCUGGAGGAAGAGUCUCGGCAGUUUCUCUACCCGUAAGGAUCGUAACAACGAUUCAGACCCGCAAAUGUCCCAAUCCGGAGGUUAUCCUACAAUAGUUUAUGCGUCUCGGACUCAUAGUCAGCUCCGCCAAGUCAUCAAAGAACUUAAAAGAUGCAGUUACAGGCCUAAGAUGCUGGUGCUUGGAUCACGUGAGCAGUUAUGCGUUAACGAGGAAGUGAAUUCACUCCGAGGAAAGGCGCUCUCUAAUGCUUGUCAUUACCUUUGCAAAAAGCGUGGUAAACGCCAAUGUAACCAUUUCAAUCGCGUUCCAGAUUAUUUGAAGAAUAACUCUCAUAUUGGUGACGAACCUGUUGACAUUGAGGAUUUGGUCAAUAUUGGGAAAGGUUCUGGGCCGUGUCCAUAUUAUAUUACAAGAGAGGUUCACAAAGACGUGGACAUCUUAUUUACACCUUACAACUACUUGAUCAGCAAUGCGUAUAGAAAGCAUCUGAAGGUCGACUGGAAUAGUAGCGUCCUCAUUUUUGAUGAAGCUCACAAUCUAGAAGGUAUAUGCGCAGACUCAGCUUCGUUUGACCUUCCUUCUUUUCAUUUAUCGGCUUGCAUUACCGAGGCACAAGAAUGUGUAGAACUUGCGUCAGCAAGAAGGGGUUCAUUAAACGAUGGGUCCACGAACCCUGAGAAUUUUGCUAUACUUAAAGGACUUCUUUUAAAGCUGCAGGAACUGAUUUCUAAAGUGCCAAUUCCGAAAAGGGACGAGGGGUUUACCAAGCCUGGGCCAUACAUGUACGAAAUGCUUAAAGGCCUUAACAUCACUCACGAAACUGCUCCUAAACUCAUUGAUACAGUCGAGGAGGCUACGGUGCUUCUUGAUGAGGAGAAACAACGAACAGGGACCAACACUGGAAGCAAACUAGAAGUCAUUGUUGACAUGCUUAAACUGAUCUUUAGAGAAAAUGGAAGUAGCCAUGCUGAUGUUUAUCGUGUUCAUAUCCAGGAGCAUGAGCAAAAUCCUACUGAUAUAAUAAAAGGCAAGGUAUCAAGAACGCUAAGUUGGUGGUGUUUCAAUCCUGGGAUCACCAUGCAGGACAUAGCAAAAAAAGGUGUUGGGACUAUCAUUUUAACAUCGGGAACUUUAUCUCCCAUGGAUUCACUGGUUCAAGAACUAAAAUUAGACUUUCCUAUUCGUUUGGAGAAUCCCCAUGUUAUAUCCUCAAAUCAGCUAUGGGCUGGAGUUGUAAGCACUGGUCCCUCAGGGUGUGUUCUUAAUUCUAGCUACCGAAAUCGUGAUGUGCCGGAGUACAAACAAGAACUUGGGAAUGCUAUUGUUAACUUUUCUCGAGUCGUACCUGAUGGACUUCUGGUCUUUUUCCCAUCCUAUUACCUUAUGGACCGUUGCAUUGCAUUUUGGAAAGAUGGGAGUCACAGAAACUCGAUGACAAUAUGGGAAAGAAUCUGCAAACUGAAGAAACCUGUCAUUGAACCUAAAGACUCUUCCCUCUUUCCUGCUGCAAUGCUGGAUUUUUCAAAGAAAUUGCAAGACAGAUCAAUUUCCGGUGCGGUGUUUUUUGCCGUUUGUCGUGGAAAGGUCAGUGAAGGACUAGAUUUUGCUGAUGGCGCUGGCAGAGCUGUUGUCAUUACUGGGUUACCUUAUGCCAGGGUCACCGAUCCUAAGAUUAAACUGAAACGAGAGUUUCUGGAUGAACAAUCACAAGUUUCAGAUGUCAAGAGAUCAACCAUUCUAUCUGGAAGCAUGUGGUACAGUCAAGAAGCCGCACGGGCUGUGAAUCAGGCAAUUGGACGUGUUAUCCGCCAUCGCCAUGAUUAUGGAGCUAUCAUUUUCUGUGAUGACAGAUUUGAACAGCCGUCCCAGCAGUCCAAGAUAUCCCUUUGGAUACGACCUUAUGUCAAGUGCUACCCAAGAUACGGAGAGGUCAUUUCCGACCUUGCUCGAUUUUUCCGGAUAGAGAGAUCAAAUUUUCCCGCAAGUCUUGUAACAGAACAAGAAUACGAUAUAGUUUCAACUUUAUUACCAAAGGUGUCAACCAAGGAUGCUCCUUCACCAACCGCUGGUAUUAGUAAUGUGAAGAACGCUGGCGUCGCAAGAAAUGAGGUGAGUAGAGUGGAAGCACUUCCUCCUGCAAAUAGGGCUUCACCGUCGGAGUUUGUUAAAUGGAAAGGCUUGACCAUCCUACAGCGCAAGAGCAAGAUGCCUCGCAUUGUAAAGGGAGAGGUUAUGCAAGCUUGUUCUUCAGUGAAGGCUAAAUUAGUGGAAAUAAGUGACGAGGAGACUCCAGUAGAGAGGACAACAUGUGAAGUAGUUGAUCUAGAAUGCGACAAGCAGACUUGUCAAAUUGCAUCGAGCAACAACUGUUUCAACACAAUGGGGCUAGUGAAAAAGCGAAAGAUUCCAGAGAGUCAGGGAAGUGGUGCAUCGUCCUCAGUGUUGAAAGAGAAAGGGAGUGGAGGUGGUGGUGGUGAUAAAAAGGAAGCAAGUGCAUCUGCAUUUUUGAGUCAAGUCAAAGAAAAGCUAAACGCAGAAGAAUACAACAAGUUCAUUGGAUACAUACAAGCAUUGAAAAAGAAAGAGAUAAAAAUAGCAAGCGUGAUGGAAUCCAUUGUGCAACUGUUCUAUGGGAAAGAGAGAGAUCAUCUACUCAUGGGAUUCAAAGACUUCGUGCCAGUAAAAUAUCGUUCUGCAUAUGAGGAAUGCAUGAAAACGACGAAGAGAGAUGCCUUAUGAUCAUCUUUUUGUAUUAAAGUCAUGGUUGAAUAGUGUAAUUACUUUCUAUCAAUACUAUUAAAAGGAAAAUAGUUUUAAUAAAUCUACUUAAAAAGUUGUUUGGAUCA